UCCGCUUCAGAGCGCAGCUCUGUUGGAGAAGGAAGAUCUCCCGGGCGGGACGCGCGCCUGCCUCUCUGACCACCUCACUUAUAUCUUUUUUUUCUUUUGCUAUUUUUCUUCCAACACAUAUAAAGCGGAGCGAAAACGGAGUUAAGCCAGCAAGACGAGAAACGACCUUCUCUAACUUCUGCAAUCAUGAUGUCCAUGAACAGCAAGCAGCCUUUUAGCAUGCAUCCCAUCCUGCACGAGCCGAAGUACACACCUCUGCAUUCCAGCUCGGAGGCUAUUCGGCGGGCAUGCCUGCCCACGCCCUCGCUGCAGGGCAACAUCUUCGCCGGCUUCGACGAGACGCUGCUCCAGAGGGCCGAGGCUCUGGCCGCGGUGGACAUCGUGGCUCAGAAGAGCCACCCGUUCAAGCCGGACGCCACCUACCACACCAUGACCACCAUGACCAGCAUGACGUGCACGCCCACCUCGUCGUCGGCGCACCUGCAUCACCCGUCCGUGCUCACCUCGCACCACCACCACCAUCACCACCACCACGCGCACCACCAGGCCGCGCAGGGCCUGGAGGGCGACCUCCUCGAGCACCUGACGCCCGCCAUCUCCCUGGGCGCCAUGCCCGCGUCCGACGUAGGCACCGGCCACUCGCACAUGGCCAUCAACCACAUGCAACCGCACCACCCGCAGAGCAUGAGCAUGCACCCGCACGGCCUGGGCUCGCACGCGCUCGGCGGCGGAGCGGGCGGUGGCGGCGGAGGAGGCGGAGGCGUGCCGGACUCGGAGCCCGACCCGCGCGAGCUCGAGUCGUUCGCCGAGCGCUUCAAGCAGCGGCGGAUCAAGCUGGGCGUGACGCAGGCGGACGUGGGCGCAGCGCUGGCUAACCUGAAGAUCCCGGGCGUGGGCUGCCUGAGCCAGAGCACCAUCUGCCGCUUCGAGUCGCUCACGCUCUCGCACAACAACAUGGUGGCGCUCAAGCCCAUCCUGGAGGCCUGGCUGGAGGAGGCCGAGCGCGCGCAGCGCGAGAAGAUGACCAAGCCCGAGAUCUUCAACGGCGCCGACAAGAAGAGGAAGCGCACGUCCAUCGCGGCGCCCGAGAAGCGCUCGCUGGAGGCUUACUUCGCCGUGCAGCCGCGACCUUCGUCCGAGAAGAUCGCCGCCAUCGCCGAAAAGCUGGACCUGAAAAAGAACGUGGUGCGCGUGUGGUUUUGCAAUCAGAGGCAAAAGCAGAAACGGAUGAAGUUUUCGGCGACGCACUAGGGGCCGUUUUUAAUCCCUAUUACUGUUGAUUUUACUAUUAUUAUUAUUUUGUUUGCUCGGGGUGGGUGAGGGAGUGGUGGUGCUGUUGGUGGUGGGGGGGCUCCGCCUGGUUGGGACCCGAGCUGGAGCGUCCCAGAGACUGGAAACAGCACAAACUUCAGUCAGAGAAGAGAAACUAAGAAAAAUAAUAGGAAGACACUCCCAGGCUCUCACACGUGGAGACAAAGAGAAAGAGACACAGAGAGAGAGCGAGUGAGAGAGAGAAUCAUCAACUAGUGGCAAUUGAUUAUUGUACAAAAGGGAAAUAGAAUAAUAUCGAUUAUUCUCUUAAAUAACUCUUUUAUAUUAAUUCGUGUACAUACCUGUGAAUACAUUGCACCUCUGUGAAGAGCGCGUCGUCUUUUUUCUCCUUUUUAUUUUCCGUCUUUCUUUUUUGAGCAAAGAAAAAAAUGUAAAAAAAAAAAAUCAAACACUUUAAUGUUAUUCAGUGUGUUCCAGAAGAAGAAGAAGAAGAAGAGAGUCUCUCAGUAAGAGGAGGGAACUGCUGUAAUCCAUUGCAUGGUUUACUGGGGCGAUCAGUGUGCUUUUCUAGUCUGAAACUCCCAACGUGUUUUGAAUGCAUUGCAAUAAGAGAGAGAGAGAGUGAGAGAGAGAGAGAGAGAACACGCACAGGCACGAGCACACACUCUCACACUCUCACACACUCACACACACACUCACACAAUAGGCUACCAGUCUGUGUCUACCUCAUGAUCCUCGUCCUGACACAUACAUGCGCGCACACACACACACACCCUCUCAUGGUCAUUUUGACCUAAAACCCAGACUAGUGUUUGUUCAGCCGCUUCGCCGUUUAAUUUCACUCCGAGCUCUGGUUGAAUUAGAUAGACACUGCGCUCCUGUCUCAGCUCAUCUCACUGCAACGAUGCUUUGACAAUCAAACGGUCAGAAAAAAAGAUGUAAAGGCCCCUCAAUGUCUUCACCCAGAACUGCUCUCUGUUGUCCUUUUUAUUAUUAUUAUUAUUAUUAUUAUUAUUAUUAUUAUUGCUGGGCCUGUGGAUGGGAACAUUGACUAGCUUACACCGCAUUCUCAGAAGUUCAUUGCACUUUGUAGAUAACUGUUGAGAAACCAUUUUUGACUUAUUUAUAUUUCUAAUGAUUUUUUUCUUAUUUACUUAUUUAUUUGACAUUAAUUUAUUUGGAAAUCCGCCUAUUUUUCAUUUGUGAAAGUGUGCUUAAAUGUGUCUGUGUAAGCGACAGAAAUUCAAAUAAACCAUGCACGUUUUACCUCAC